AUGGAGUUGCUUGGUGGGCUCGAGGUCUUCUUGCUGGGCUUGAGUGGGCCUGGACUUCAAUCUUGGAUCAAGGUAAUGGGCCCUUACGGGCUAGAUUCCAGGUGUGGAAUCUGGGUCCAACAAUUGCCCCCCAGCCCUUUUAAAUCAGGAGAGCGAAGAGUCCGCGCGGCUGAGAUCUACUGGGACCCACAGCAACUCACAUCAUCAGCCCGUCGCAUGCAAGCGGUUAAGAUCUGUUGUUUCGAAUUUCGGAUUUCUCCAAAAACUUUCUCAACCUUUUUUCCACCAACUCUUUCCUCGAUUAUCAUGUCUCCGAAGACAAUCAAGCAAGAGAAAGAGAAAGUGGUCACUCUCGGCGACGACGAGGGGAAGUUCACGCCGCAUCCCGAGUCGACGUUCGACGCAGAAUCUCUCGAUGAGUUCCGGCGUGAUUACGGGGUCCCCGAGGAGAUCGAGCUCGCUUUCCCGGCUGAGGGCGAAGAUCCGGAGCAUGUGCGUCUCCGGGGUUCUGUUGCGCCGGGUAUAAUCAGGCAGAGUGGGAAUCUGAGAGUGAAAGAUUGA